CCACUCGAUCCCGACUUCGACGACGAGAAGGAGCGCCGCAACGAAGAGCUCUCGCAUUGGGACAAACAGUUCAUCGAUAUCCCAGAUCAGGGCGACCUCUUCGACAUCAUAGCCGCCGCCAAUUACAUGGAUAUCAAGGGUUUGGUGGAAGUCGGCGCUAAACACAUCUGCGCUAAGAUUAAGGGCAAGACCUGCACCGAAGUCCGUGAAAUGCUUAAGAUUCACAAUGACUUCACUCCCGAAGAAGAGGCGGCCAUUCAUAAGGAAAACGAAUGGAUUUAUGCUAAGGAUUAG